AUGCUGUACAAGAUCAUCUGCAGAGGCACCAUGCGAGACAAGAACUGCGAGCCAACGGGUUUUGCUGACGAUGUUGUAGGUCAAAAGCCUAGAGGCGAUCAUGGUGCUCAGCAUCAUGAUCGAGCUGCUGGUCUUCUUUUCGUCAUCAUACUUGUUCUGUCGACUGAACAUGAGAAUUCAGCACAAAGCUACCGUCAUUACCAUCUUCGGCAUGAGACUUCCUNNCUUAUUCUGAUCUCCGCCUACUUCCUUGCGGCCUUCAAACACUAUAUCGCUCUCGACAGCUCCUCUACGAUCAUAUACGGAUCCGCACUAUACUGGCAACUUGCUUUGGUGGGUUACAGUGUUCUUGCAACAGCAAUUCAACCUUUGAAGCGUGCCGCCACCAACCUCAGCACCCACACGAAGAUGCCUGUCAGCAAUUCCAGCCGAGGUUCCAGAUCCGGACAGUCUUCGAAACCGCGUUCCUCGAGCAAGACUCGACACUCUCGCUUUUUGACCGAGGCUGCCCCUUCGCCACCACCGCCUAUAUCCUGGUCUAGUGUGCAGGCAAGAGCUCAACAUCAAGACGCUGACUCAAUCGAAAGCCAUGGAUCUCAAGACCAUAUUGUGAAGAAGACGGAUGUCCAAGUCACCUACAGCGAUGAAGAAGGAAGUUGA